AUGGAGGGUGGCAAGCAGGCAACGUGGGCGCUGGACAGCUCGUUAGAACGCUGCCGACGAGCCACCGAGCUUGAUGUCGAUAUCGGCAAAGGGCGGGGUGCCAAGAAGCGAAGUGCGCAAUGCGAACCCCGCUGUCACAACGAGGGUGCCUCGGUAAACGAAACCCGAAUGCAAGAAGAUGCAAGCCGACGCGGUCUCAUAGGGUUGCAGUCAAGAGCAACAAGCGUCGAGCUCAGAAGCUCAGCCGGAAGACGGCGGCCUGACCAGGUCGAGAAAGCCCAACAGCGUCGACAAGCAGAGCUUGGCGUUGGGGACGGACAGAGCAAAGACCUUUUUCACAGUCUCUCCGACAGAGACGAUUCCAGCAGGAGAUCUUGUGUUGGAAAUCGGUGGAAGAAACCGGAACGAUCCUGCAGCGACCGGCCAAGCAGAUCGAGGCCGCAAGUGCGGGCGGAAUACAUCGGUCAUUUAUCAAUCGACCUUGUCGAAGACACCCGACACGCCACCAGAUCGACAACGCGCAUUGAAACAGCUUCCUGUCGGAUCGGUGGCGAAAGAACCCCCAUGCACAGUUUCCGAAGGGCGAACAAGAUCGUCGACUAG